UACCUCGCCCAUCCAACCCCUCAUUCCCCUCCCGCUCCAGCAACAAUGCUCUCCUCCCCUCCCGUCCGCCGGUCACUGUACUCCGCCAUGUCCGCCCAACAGCGCCUCGGCGUGCUGCAGCGCCAGUUUACGACCUCCUCCCCCCGCCCGCAACAAGUCGUGCAAGACGCCUACAUCCUCUCCGCCGUCCGCACGCCCUGCGGCGUCUUCAACGGCGGCCUCGCAUCCCUCUCCGCCCCGCAGCUCGGCGCCGUCGCCAUCCGCGAAGCCAUCAAACGCUCGUCCCUCCCGACCGAAAGCAUCACUCACGUCUACAUGGGUAAUGUCCUCUCCGCCGGCGUGGGACAAGCACCCGCGCGCCAAGCGGCCAUCUUCGCCGGCCUGGAUCCGAGCGUGGAAGCGACGACGGUGAAUAAAGUGUGCUCGUCGGGGAUGAAGGCCGUCAUGAUUGGCGCGCAGCAAAUCGCUCUCGGGCAAGACAAGGCGCUCGUAGCAGGUGGGAUGGAAAGCAUGACGCAAGUCCCGUACUACCACAAGCGCGCCAGCCAGCAGCCGCCGUUCGGCAAUGUCUCGCUUGACGACGGCCUGAUCAAGGACGGCCUGUGGGACGUGUACAACCAGGUGCACAUGGGCAACUGCGCGGAGAACACGGUGAAGAAGUUCAAGAUUAGCCGGCAGGCGCAGGACGACUUUGCCAUCUUGUCCUACAAACGCGCGCAGGAGAGCUGGAAGAAUGGGCUGUUUGCGGAUGAGAUCGUCGGUGUUCCCGUCAAGGACAGGAAAGGGAAUGAGACUCUUGUGGCGGAGGAUGAGGGGUACAACCGACUCAAACUGGAUCGCGUGCCCACUCUCAAACCUGCUUUUGACCGCUCGGGCUCGGGGAGUGUGACUGCAGCAAACAGCUCAUCAUUCAAUGACGGUGCGUCUGCGCUCGUGCUCGCGAAUCGUGAGUUGGCGAAGAAGCACGGUGGAGGGAAGAAGGUGCUGGCACGGAUAUGCGGCUUCGCAGACGCCGCGAUGGAGCCCAUCGAUUUCCCCAUCGCUCCUGCCAAGGUCGUUCCCCUGGCUUUGGCUCGAGCGGGCGUGUCACAAGAUCAGAUCAAAGUCUGGGAGUUCAACGAGGCAUUCGCGGCGGUCAUCAUUGCCAACGGCCAGAUUUUGAACAUCCCCAUGGAAAACGUCAACAAGCGAGGCGGCGCAAUUGCUCUCGGCCACGCUUUGGGAAGCUCUGGCUCGAGAAUCAUCACCACCUUACUGCACCAGCUGGAGGUGGGCGAGUACGGGUGUGCGGCGAUAUGUAAUGGCGGCGGAGCGGCGAGCGGGAUUGUCGUGCAGAGAGUCGAGGCUGACGAAUUAUGAGCACGGGGUACAGCAAAAUUGCACAUGUCGUUCACAUUAACUGCAGCCUGGUGUCUAAUUUAGGGAUGUUGUCUGUAUUGACUGUAAACAAUCAUGUCGUUCCUCCUCGCGUGAGACUUGGGUGGAUCUCAG